GGUGCCCCUGCUCCCAAUGCCUUCUCCCCCAGGCUCACUCACCAUGACCAAGCUGAGCGCCCAAGUCAAAGGCUCUCUCAACAUCACCACCCCGGGGCUGCAGAUAUGGAGGAUCGAGGCCAUGCAGAUGGUGCCUGUUCCUUCCAGCACCUUUGGGAGCUUCUUCGAUGGUGACUGCUACAUCAUCCUGGCUAUCCACAAGACAGCCAGCAACCUGUCCUAUGACAUCCACUACUGGAUUGGCCAGGACUCAUCCCUGGAUGAGCAGGGGGCAGCUGCCAUCUACACCACACAAAUGGAUGACUUCCUGAAGGGCCGGGCUGUGCAGCACCGCGAGGUCCAGGGCAACGAGAGCGAGGCCUUCCGAGGCUACUUCAAGCAAGGCCUUGUGAUCCGGAAAGGAGGCGUGGCUUCUGGCAUGAAUCACGUGGAGACCAACUCCUAUGAUGUCCAGAGGCUGCUGCAUGUCAAGGGCAAGAGGAACGUGGUAGCUGGAGAGGUAGAGAUGUCCUGGAAGAGUUUCAACCGAGGGGAUGUUUUCCUCCUGGACCUCGGGAAGCUUAUCAUCCAGUGGAAUGGACCUGAAAGUAACCGCAUGGAGAGACUCAGGGGCAUGACUCUGGCCAAAGAGAUCCGAGACCAGGAGCGGGGAGGGCGCACCUAUGUAGGCGUGGUGGACGGAGAGAAUGAAUCGGCAUCCCCGAAGCUGAUGGAGGUGAUGAACCAUGUGCUGGGCAAGCGCGGGGAGCUGAAGGCAGCUGUGCCCGACACAGUGGUGGAGCCGGCACUCAAGGCUGCACUCAAACUGUACCAUGUGUCUGACGCUGAGGGGAAUCUGGUGGUGAGGGAAGUCGCCACACGGCCACUGACGCAGGACCUGCUCAGUCACGAUGACUGUUACAUCCUGGACCAGGGGGGCCUGAAGAUCUACGUAUGGAAGGGGAAGAAAGCCAAUGAGCAAGAGAAGAAGGGAGCCAUGAGCCAUGCGCUGAACUUCAUCAAAGCCAAGCAGUACCCACCAAGCACACAGGUGGAGGUGCAGAAUGAUGGGGCUGAGUCGGCCGUCUUUCAGCAGCUAUUCCAGAAGUGGACAGCAUCCAACCGGACUUCAGGCCUGGGCAAAACCCACACUGUGGGCUCCGUGGCCAAAGUGGAACAGGUGAAGUUUGAUGCCACAUCCAUGCAUGUCAAGCCUCAGGUGGCUGCCCAGCAGAAGAUGGUAGAUGAUGGGAGUGGGGAAGUGCAGGUGUGGCGCAUUGAGAACCUAGAGCUGGUACCUGUGGAUUCCAAGUGGCUAGGCCACUUCUAUGGGGGUGACUGCUACCUGCUGCUCUACACCUACCUCAUCGGAAACAAGCAGCACUACCUGCUGUACAUCUGGCAGGGCAGCCAGGCCAGCCAAGAUGAAAUUACAGCAUCAGCUUAUCAAGCCGUCAUCCUGGACCAGAAGUACAAUGGUGAACCAGUCCAGAUCCGGGUCCCAAUGGGCAAGGAGCCGCCUCAUCUUAUGUCCAUCUUCAAGGGACGCAUGGUGGUAUACCAGGGAGGCACCUCCCGAGCUAACAACUUGGAGCCUGCGCCCUCCACACGACUGUUUCAGGUCCAGGGAACGGGCGCCAACAACACAAAGGCCUUUGAGGUCCCAGCGCGGGCCAAUUUCCUCAAUUCCAAUGAUGUCUUUGUCCUCAAGACCCAGUCCUGCUGCUACCUAUGGUGUGGGAAGGGCUGUAGUGGAGACGAGCGGGAGAUGGCCAAGAUGGUUGCUGACACCAUCUCCCGGACGGAGAAGCAAGUGGUGGUGGAAGGGCAGGAGCCAGCCAACUUCUGGAUGGCCCUGGGCGGGAAGGCCCCCUAUGCCAACACCAAGAGACUACAGGAAGAAAACCUGGUCAUCACCCCCCGGCUCUUUGAAUGUUCCAACCAGACUGGGCGCUUCCUGGCCACAGAGAUCCCUGACUUCAAUCAGGAUGACUUGGAAGAGGAUGACGUGUUCCUACUAGAUGUCUGGGAUCAGGUCUUCUUCUGGAUUGGGAAACAUGCCAAUGAGGAGGAGAAGAAGGCUGCAGCCAUCACCGCGCAGGAAUACCUCAAGACCCAUCCCAGCGGGCGUGACCCCGAGACCCCCAUCAUUGUGGUGAAGCAGGGAUACGAGCCCCCCACCUUCACAGGCUGGUUCCUGGCUUGGGAUCCCUUUAAGUGGAGUGAGGUCACAAGCUCGAAAGUGGACGUGUUCAAUGCUAACAGCAACCUCAGUUCUGGGCCUCGGCCCAUCUUCCCCCUGGAGCAGCUAGUGAACAAGCCUGUAGAGGAGCUCCCCGAGGGUGUGGAUCCCAGCAGGAAGGAGGAGCACCUGUCCAUUGAAGAUUUCACUCAGGCCUUUGGGAUGACUCCAGCUGCCUUCUCCGCUCUGCCUCGAUGGAAGCAACAAAACCUGAAGAAAGAAAAAGGACUAUUUUGAGAAGAGGAGCUGUGGUUGUAAAGCAGUACCCUACCCUGAUUGUGGGGUCUCAUUUUCUCACCGAUAUUAGUCCUACACCAAUUGAAGUGAAAAUUUGCAGUUAAAGUUUGUGCCUAUGAGCACAAACUUCUGUGGCAAAUGCCACUUUUGUUUAAUAAUGUACCUAUUCCUUCAGAAAGAUGAUUCCCCAAAAGGAGCCUAUGGUCCUCAUUUCAACUUCUAAGGUCGCUAGAUUGUUUCUAUCCUGAGGUAUUGCAUCAUUUUUAAUACUCCUGUUCUAGAGUCUUCUCUUCUUAGAAGAGCACAAACACUCCAUGGAACAUUAGAGUUCUGAGGCACUACCCUACCUAGCUUGUCCUCCAUCAUGACUCAUUUUUAUCUAUGGCAGGUAGGCUGAAGCAUUUUGCAGGUUUACAUCUUCCCCAGAGUAACAGCUUUUCCUUUUCACAUUUACUUUCCUUACUGCCUUACUCAGUGGGUAAGUUAAAGGGUUGAAGGAGAGUUGAAUGGUCCACAAGACUACCCUCUAGGAGGUUUCACAAAUACCAAACGGUACUGUGAGAGCAGCACAUCCACUGGGGCUAGGCUUGAGACCUAAAGGCAAGUAAGAAAUGCAUAGGCUAUUUCACUUCUUCUCCCAACCCUUAAUAAUAAGGCAAAGGAAGAGCCUAGUGAAGGCCAAUGCUAGGUUUACAAACUUACCCAGAAGCCUCCGCAAAGCUUCACAGGCUCCCCAGAUGAAAAUAACAAUAAUCAAUGGGGACUACGGCCAAACACUGGUUUGCCAUUCUGUUCCUUUUAAGAAGUAACAACGCUGCAAGGAAGUCCAUGUCAGAAAGCCAACAGAAGGUGAUUUCCACAACUUUGAAUAGGUUGUUAUAAGUAUCAGCAAGAAUGUGUCCUUUUCAGAAAUAACAGUCAAAUCAACAGAAGGUUAAUAAAGGCUUUAAUUUCAUACACACAAAAAAA